ACAACCCUCAAGCAAAAGUAAUUUACAAAAAAUAUUUAACGGUUAUAAAAAUAACUCAGAAACUUAGAAAUUGAUUUUAGGUUAAGCAACAAUGGCAACUAUGGUAAAGGAAAAGAAACCAAAGAAAAAGAAGCCAAAGAUCAAAAGUGCUGAAACUAUGGAAGAAGUUGAGGAUUUUAAAUUAUGUGUCACAGAGGAACCAGAGUCGAAUCUUGUUGACCCUAAUGUAAAUAACACUAAUUUAAUAGACCUAAAAUUAGAACAGCAGCUAUCAGAUCAUGCAGGUUAUGAGGAAGUAGGUACAAAAGAUCCCCAAUUAACAAAGCUAGAACAGUCGCAACAAAUAAAAAAAGAAGAAGCUACUGGUAGUCAAGUUUUGCCAUUACAAGAUCCCAAACUUCAGACAUAUAGUAAUAAUGAAGUACAUAUUGCUGAGGGAUUAACUGAAUUAAAACUGGAAAGUCAUGCAGAGUGUGAAAAUGGUGUGCAGUUCAAAGAUCUUAAUACACAAUUACAUCACAUCAAAAAUGAAGAUGAAUUACCUAAAGAGGAGUGUACACCAUCUGCACCAAUAUACUAUGAAUUAUCACAAACAUUUGAAGCGUCCAUUCCAACAGAGAUUGCAUGUAAUGUAAAAACCAAAGUACCAUGUCUUGCAAUGGAGGAGGCUAUCAGAAUAUUUGCUGGACAAGAAAUGUAUGUAGUGAAAGAGUUGAGUGAUCAAGAGGAGGCUUUGGUGGAGGUUGGUGGUUAUCUUCAGCCUCAACAUCCACUAGUGGACUUGAUCACACACCUAAGGUCGUCUCUGGUAGCAGUCGAAAGAGAGAGGCAAAGGAUUAGUCAAGGUUACAGAGAAGAACAAUCAACCAUUUCACAGCUGUGGAUAGUAGAGAAAAGAAAAAAAAAUAUAUCAGAAAAGUGUAAAUGUGGAGGAGAAAUCUCGUUUCUUGUAACCUAUGAUUAUGCUGAGUUACAAAAAAAUAAAUUGGCAGCUGCAAAAUUGGGACUAGAAUCUUUGUUGAGGGAUGUUUUAGACUCAUAUUGUAGUCACCAGCAUGAGGCUAUGUUGACAUAUUGUGAGAUAGAGGAUGAAAUUGGAUUAAUAUUACAAAGAGGUCGAGAAGAAAUACGAGAUUGCUUAGCCUUCAUCUUACAAUCACUUAAAUGUGGUGAUGAAUUUGGUGAUGUGUAUGUCAAAGUUCUGCAAGAAUGGGCAUUCACUCUCGCUUCUGCUCUUUUCAAUAAAGAACCAGAUAUGCGGGAUCUGCUUUUUUUAAUGCAUCUGUUAUUCAGACAGUCGCGCUCAGUGCGGUGGGUGGAGCGAGUGGUGUGCAUGCGCGUAGACGAUUUCAACACGGCUGCGCGGUUUGUUGCAUUCCUGGACAUACUACUGUCGCAGCCGGUACCCGAGUCCGCAGUUGAAUGCAGGGAAGAUGUUCACGAAGAAAUUUCCGAGGCUUGGGAGGAGUUGGAUGCGUCUGGUUCUAGUGGUGGAGUGGGAAAGGGAAAGCUGCGGGAGGGUGAUCUACUUGCGUUACUGAACGCGUUCCCAAUACGAGAACUUAUUGCAUCACUCGUCCUACUGUCUGAACAGGAGCCUCACCAGCAGAAAUCGUGCUGGCGCGGAGCUACAGCUGGUGGCGUGCUGAAAGGAGCGUGCGGCGUGCGCGUGCUACUGAGCGUGGUCGCGCGCGCACUGCCGCAGUACCGCGCGUACGCCGCCGUGCACGCACUGCUAUGUCGCGUCGCACGCGCAACGCUCACAGCGCUCGCGGCGCUGCAUUUACAGUCCAGGUCGAACUACCAAAGCGACAUCAAAGAAAGAAUAUCCGCAGAGUUAGAAGCGUGUUUUGUAUUAGGUUUCUCGAUGCUCGACAGAGACAGACAUUUACUGCCCACGACACUACUCAGCGAUGACACCGUGUCGGACUAUUGCAUCACGCUGAUGUCAUCGUUGCACGUAAGCACUUCGCGUCGUAUUGAAAUGUUGGAUAUAGAGACGCCUGCAGCUAUGUCGUGCGCGGACCGAAUACGCAUAGUGGCGUUUGCCGCCGCACAACAACGCAACAGUACGCUCCCUAAAAUAGUACUCGAGUUUCUAUUACAGACUGGACUGAAACAAAAGAGUGAGACAUGUAAAGACAAAUGCGAAACGGCCGCUCGCGAACUUAUACCACAUCUACUAGCUGCUCACACACACUUGCAUACUGCUGCGUUCUACAUGUUAGCUGACAUAAGUAACGUGGAAUCCAUCGAUCCAUUGUCAAUAAAAUCGCUGUCACCGGAGAAAUGGCGUCCUACGCCUACAGACGUUCAUGGGCUUCUGAACUACUGGUUUCUGAAAUGUCCAGCAUUCAUCAAACAACUGUUACAUCAGAUUGACUGCACACCACACAUAGGUAUGUCACUAGAGAGUCAGCUAGUAGUUGGGUAUUGGCUGUGUGAGUACGGUCGUGGUCGCGCCGAGGCAGAGUGGGCGUGGUCAGCGCUGCGGCGGCUGCGCACGCACCGUGUGCUUUGGGGCUUACCGCUGGACGCGCCCGCACCUCAACACACCGACUCGCUAAUGGACGCAGCAUUCGCGCUCCUUUCUAGCCAAUGGGGUCAUUUAGUGCCGUUGAUAUGCAGUGCGGGCGUGUCGGCUCUGCGGCGGCUGGCGGGCGCGCGGGUGGAGGACGCCGUACACUGUCUCGACUGCGUGCUUCGCGUCUUAGCGCUGUCGCCAGAGUCUAUCUCUCACACACCCGAGUUCACGGAGGUAUUUACGAUAAUAUUGAAUUCGGGGCCAAGCUUGGUGCAGCGCGCUUUGGGCCGUGGCGGGCGCAGCGGUCAGCAGAUGCUCCAGCAGUUAGUGUUGGAUCAGCUGCACGAACACAGGAGUAACGAGAUGCAUCGCGCCGCGAUUCUAUCGACGUGGCUGCACGCUCUCUGGUGUCCCGCGCUCCCGCCCGCCAGCCGCGCCAUCUUGGAUGUGGCGCUGUGUACCGCACGUGACUUGCGCACGCUGGACGCACACGUCAUGUACGUGUUAGAGGAAGGUAAGAAUGAGCUAGUGAACGACGCUGUGACGCACGCGUACGUAGCGCCGCUGCUGGCGCACGGCGCGCUGCGCGGCGCACUGGCGUUCGAGGUGCGGGCGGGGAUCGCGACGCGCCUGCUCCCCGCGCUCGCCCAACAGCGCCGAGUGGGAGAGAAGAUACACGUUGACAAUGCGUUAAAGUUUAUCGGGUGUAAUUUGAGUUCGGACGAGUUAGUGAUACACCGCGCGGCCGCGGCCGUCCUGCUCGCACCGCUAGAGAACCCCGCGCACCUCUCGCUCUGGUCGCUGUUCUUCCACCUGUAUUUGCAACGACCACAUGAUGCGUCCGCAGGAAAGCCACCGGCUGGACCGUGGUUCUUCUGUGGAAUUGUCAAGACCCGCACUCUCAACAAACUCAAGAAACGACUUCAAGAUACUGUUACUUAUCAUCGUAAUGCUAUAAAAGAGCUCAAAACACAGGGAGCUACACCGACUGAGGAGACACGUUCUGAUAAAGCGGAUAAUUUGACUAAAGUGGAUGAUUGUAUCUUACCGCCGUUGACUCUUAAGGAUCUGAGAGGUGACACAGAUCUGGAGUCCGAAGUAUCUAUAGACCAUCAAAGUGUAGAUAAUAAUGUUGAGAGCGAUACAAAAGUAAAAAGUGACACUCCUAAUCUUAUAUCGUAUCAUACUGCUGCUGAAAGGAUGGUGGUGAUCUUUGAGCAGUGGCUUAACAAGAGAGAAGAAUUACGCGCGCAGCCGCAUCACGCCGAGAUCUCGCGACAUCUUACUGAAACGGAUCUAGACACAGGAUGGAGUGCGUCGUUGCGGGAAGUCGCCGCCCCGUCCGACACGCACUCGCCCGCGCCCGGCCCCGCCCCCGCGCUCACGCACUACGAACAAAUUAUAAAUGCCCUCAAUGAAUUCCAUAAUGCGACAAAUCGAAGUCAUUACAGAAAACCAGUACGAAGGUCAUCUUCUUUACCGGACAUCAACUACAACGACCAGACAUCUGUUAUUGAUGUAGUCAAGAAAUAUUUGGCAGCCGUAGAUAAAUUAGUUGCGAGUUGGUCGUCGGAGGUGAGUCGUGUGCGCACGCUGGACGCACAGCUGUGGCCGGUGGUGGGGCGGCUGCGCACGCGCUGCCGGCUGCCCGAUGUCAAGAUACCCUGCUCGAAAGCCUGCAGACCUGUCCUUGUUAAAAUACAGGAGCACGAGUGGCGAUUGUCAAGUGAAGCAGAACGAGAAAUAAAAGAAAAUAGACGCAGUGCCGCGAACGCUGUGCGUCGGUUGGCGCAGCCCAAAACGCAGGCUGCGAGAGUGACGGCCGCCCUUAUUGCUAUUAGUAGACGUAUAAACGACAAGAACAUCGCCUUAAGAGUGCUCAGGAUCAUGUACUGCAGCGUCAAUGACGAAAAGGCGCCAGCGCACCGCUCGCUUACGUCUUUCAUCAAAUUCCUUGCUGAGCGGUGGGUGUGUUCGGAUGGCGAGGCGUGCGCUGACCUGCUGCAUCGAUGGAGCCGUGCGGGCGCGCACGCACUGUGUGGCGCACUCGUACGUCCGGAACGCCCGCACGCACGUCAAUGGCGUGCGCUGUACGUCACGCUCCUGCACGCACCGCUACAGCCAGCGGCCGUCUUCAGCUAUUUAUCUAGGUUCGACUUGGCGUACUGGGCAACUGUAGUGAGCGAGGACGAGAGACGUGAUUUAUUGGCAUCUCUGUUAGAGGCUGUGGCGAAAUAUGGCCAGUACAAAGGUGAAGAGUACCAGAUGUUGAUAGAGCUGUUGGGCGUCCACAGCGGCAAAGUGUGUCUGGCGGACGACACGCUGAGUCACGUGUCGAGAUGCGUGCGCGCCGCCACCACCGUCGCCCUGCCCGCCGCCUACCUCGCACACCUCACGCCCCUCGUCACCGCUCAUCGCGAGCAUUUGCAUCACGAACAGUUGGAGCAUUUGCUUGCGGAGCUGGGUGACAAGCGGACAAUAAGAGGCUCAAAGGAAACCAAAGCGUACGCGCGUAAUGCGUACGCGCCGCACAUAGCGUCCCUGCUGCGCGCGCUAUUACGGAUAUACGUGGUAGCUCUCACUGAACAGAGCUAUAUACCUGAAAAUGUCGGUGGUCGGGCGUGGUCGGCGGCGCGGACGUCAUGGGCGCCGUGGGUGUCGCCCGGCCUGAAGCUGCUGGCUGACCUACACCACUACACCGCCAUGUUGGGCGCCUUCGUCGAGACGCUGGUGCAGGUCAUGGACGAUUGUCCCGGCAUUGACGUGUUUCUAUUACGUCACGCGUGGGAGUGGGUGGUGAAGUGCUACGCGAGCUCGGCCGAGGCGCACGCGCCCCGGGCCGCGGUGGUGCUGGCGCAGAUGCGCCGCCUGCCCUGGGACCGCCAGUGGCGCAUCUCCGCCGCCCUGGAUAUGGCGCACAGGGUGGCCUGUCUAAAUCUGCCGGAUCUGAGCGCGUGGGUGGGGCACACGUGGUCCGCGCUGUCGGCUCCCACGUGGGUCGCCGGUGUGACGUACGAACAGCUGGACCAAGUGCUGCCAGUGCUGUUCCAGAUAUUCACAUCCAAGUUCAUGCAGUUGUCCGAACAAACAUUGGAAGAGGCGUGUCGUCUGCCGUGGGCCGCGAUGUCGCCGCACGUGACGGAGCAGCUACUGCACGCCUACUACACCGCCUACCACAACCCCGCUCAGCCGUAUCACGAUCUACCGCACUUUAAGUUAGUAUUACGCGUAUCGGAGCUCGGUGCCUCUUGCGGCGUAGACGAGGCCGCUCAGUCGAAGCGGUGUGCGGGCGUGACGGUGUGGACGAGCCGUGCGGCCGCGCCCGCACUGCGCGCGCACGUGCACGCACACACGGGCCGCCUGUUGCGGGAGAUACAUAACACCGCGCCGCGAAUUGAGAAUUACGGCAACUAUCUGGAGGAGUUGGUGUGUCGGGCCAUUGUGAUGUUAUGUAUGGAGCAAGACGCUAGUAAUGCACUACCGGUAUGGCAGAAAUGGGUGUGUACAUGUACGGCGCGCACGCGUCGUGCGGUGAUGGUUGCGUGCGGUACGCUGGGCGCGUCGCACACUUUCGCGCCGCUCGUUGACACGCUCGCACAUCAGAUACUCGACGACACAUACGGCGGUGGGUGGAGCGUGGUGUGGCGGCCGCUAGCGGGUCGGCCGGGCGCGUGGGCGGCGCUGCGUCAGCAACACUACUACGCCGCGUACGCGCUGCUGCGUGCUGCGCCACUUGCGGUGGACGACGCGCGAUCCGCUUUUACUGCACUAGCCGCCGCCACUGUCAAUUUCAUGGACAACGAAGUGAUAAUAUCAUUGUGGGUGUGUGCGCUGUGCCGCGUCGCGCGCGAGCUUCCAACAAUAGCUGACGGCGAGGCGGCGGAGCGCGCGGUGGCGGCGCGGGACGCAUGCGCGCUGCUCGCCAAGUGGGCGGGGCUUAAGCGUUCGCUCAUACAAGUGGUUACGCUGCAGCAUGCCACUGUACCGACGCAGAGGCACCGUCUCCUGUGCUUCUUGGGUCUGUGCAUCCUGAGCAAUUUACCGUCUACAGGCGUCCAGUCGCCGUAUAAGGAGUACGAAAACGCGUGCCAAUCUUCCUCCUCUUUAGGUGUCAAUGUGAGUGAUAUCAUCAAAUGGGGCCAAUAUCCCAAGCCUGGCUACUUACCCCGUCUAGCUGUGAUGCUGUUCCCAGACCGUAAAGUCUACUUUGAAGAGGAGCUUAACUUGGCACCCACCGAUUUAUAGUUAACAAUAUCUCAAGUCGAAAUGUGUACCUUCGGUGAUGGUGAUAAGGUUUAAUAUCAAAUGACAUGAGGCACACUUGAUAGCGGUAAAGCGCUAAGUGCUUCGAAUAAAAAGCCUGAUUAGAUUUAGUAUAUCAAUGUCCUAGUCCAAUAAAUGUUAUAAGUAUGUUAUCAAUUCUAUAAAGCACUUAUAUGGGUCAACUCUACUCAUUUUUCGUUUUACAUAAUAUACGAAUGUUUGUAAGUAAGAUUAUUUUAUAGUUUAAAUAAUUAGAGAAGAAAACCUUCCGUUCCUUCAUGAUUUAAUGUGUCUUUAAUUAUUAUUAUAAUGAGGUCUAUAAACAUAAGACAAGUUUAUGUUUAAUAAGAAUUUAUUUACAUAGUUACAUAACUCAUUAUGUUAUUUCGCGAACCAUAUUUUCUUAUUCCUAAUAAAUCUGUAGUCUCAACAGUACCGGUAAAUAAAAUUUAUUAUACAUACUUACUACUAAAAAUACU